GAAGUUGUGAGUUUGUUGACUUUGACAGUCUAUGACUUUGCCUUUGACCUUGACCAGUCGAGUAGUCGAAAGUCGAAUCGAAGUUUGGAAAUCGACACGACUAGUCCAGGUCCUGGAGUCUGGAGUCGGAGUCCAGUCUCAGUCUCUCUCUAGUCAAGUCACUCUGGCCACUCCCCCACUCACUCAGUCAAGUCUGUCAAGUCAAGUCAAGUCACCUAUAGUCAACAAAAGGAAAACAACAUAUAUAAUGUUUAUGAUCAGAUUCAGGUUAUGAAGUGCUUAUCCAUUGAGGCCUUUAGGUUUUAAAAUUUAUAUCAAACCUGUGUUUCUUUAUUUCGGCUUAACCAUGACAAUUAUAAGUAAAUUUCAGAGAAUUGAUACAUCAUGCAUUGAAUAUGUUCAUCCCUGGACUAAUUCUUGUGCAGAGGCUACAGCAGGACUGUUUCUACAUUCUAUCCUGGCAUCUCUCAGAAUCUAUGUCACAGCUUAUGUGCUUACCAUGUUGAUGAAAGGAAAAAUUCCUUCCAAAAAGGAUAUAAAGUAUACAAUAUUAGGCAUAAUCCAGUCAACUGCGUUUUUAUCAUGUCACGCUUUUGGAUACUCGCUAACAUUGUGUUGUCUAAGAAAAAUUAUUGGGAAUUUCAACUUUCUCACAGUGUCAUUCAUUCCAUCAUUCUUGUCAAGUAUUGGAGCCAUCUUGGUUGAAAGGCCAUCACGGAGAAGUUUACUCAGCCUAUAUGUCACAAAUGUGGCAUCUGAAACUUUGUUCCGAAUGGCGGUUUGGAGAAAAUGGGUAACUCCAAUUAAAUAUGGCGAAGUUGUCAUAUUUUCGUUUUCUUGUGCAUUAUUGUUGUACCUGUACAGAUCGUCACAUAAUGAAAAAGACUCUAUAUACUCUCUUUUAAGGUUUUUUGUUGGACCAUACGAGGAGAAAGGGUACGAGAGAGAGGGAAGAGAUGUAAACUCUCCUAGGUUGACAUUGUUGUCUAGCGUGUUAAACUACGGAGGCUCUCACCCCCUGUGUCCCCAUCCCCACAGCUGUCUUCAUUACUGGUUAAAGAAUGGAGCUAAGCUGUUCAGUAUUGGUUGUGGACUUCAAUUGAGUUUGAAGCUUUUGUUACAAAUGAAUAAAAUUAUGAAGAGACCGAAAGUUGCCUUACGCAAUGUGUUCCAAUUAGAUACGUUAAGACUUGGUGCAUUUUUUGCUGGGUUUGGUGGUCUUUUUAGGGUGAUAAGUUGUUCACUACGAAGACUGCGCAACCAUGACUCUGAGGUUCACGCAGUACCAGCUGGCCUGACUGCCGGACUCGCAUUCUUCUUCUUCAGGGACAAUACAGCUGCUCUUUAUGCAAUGUGGAAAACAAUUCAGAUCUUCUACAAUAUGGGAGUGGAUAAAGGCCAUUUGCCGCCAUUCCCUGGUGGAAGUGUCUUUGUCCAUGCCUUUGCUACAGCUAUUUUGUUCCACGCAGCUGUCCUGGAACCUCAUAAUGUAAGGCCUUCAUACUGGAGAUUCCUCACCAACAUAUCAGGAAAUAGGGUUAACAACAUGAACCGCGAGUGUCUAGACGUGUUUGGGUUGGAAAGCAGCAAGUCUUUGAAGAUUGCUCAAGAUAGACUUCUGAGAAGAUAGGAAAAGCCUAGUCCAUGACACCGACUAUAUUCCUACCUGUGACAAAGGUCAAACACUACCAAUAUACACAACCUAGGAUAUCAACCCAACGGUGAUAUUGUUGCUAAGCUCUCGGUUUUAUAGUUAAGAUUAUAUCUGGGGACAUAGGGGGUGUGAGUUAUUUAACUUUUGUAUCUUGUGAUGUUUGUGACACUUUCAUCCUGAGGCCAGUUUGUAGAUCAGUAUUUGAAUAUUUAAACAUUUUCUUUCUAAUUUGACUACGCCAUUAUAAGCUUAGUUACACUUCCAAAUCAGACGGUCACACUAAAUUCAAUUAUGCCCAACUUCUCGUUAAGUUUAACUUUUAUUCUUGUAUUUUUGAAUACAUUAGAAUGUUGAUUGUUCAACCUAAGUUGGCAGCGGUAAGCCCUGAUAAGAGGAAAGUAGAAUCCCCGUGAAUCCUAGUAUUUCGGUGGCAAGGCUAAUGUGGACUGAAAUCCUAAAUACUUUGACCAAACAGUAGGCUAUCAACUUGGGCCUAUUUUGUAUGAAGUAAUGAAAGUGGGAUGGAUAAAGGUGACUUGAGUGCCUCUCAAAAUAUUUCAAUUCCUAUUCGAUUUGUUACUUAAAAAGAUUAUUGAUUUUCUAUUAAGUAAUUAUUUGAAAAGCUACAAAUUUACUACUUGCUUCAAUAACAAAUUAAAAAAUGUUAUUGUAAAAUAUUUAUUAGUUUUUAUUACUUUUUUGUUGAGUAAUUUAUGCUGGAUUGUCAUAAAAAUACCAUACCAAUCAUACUUUUGAUGUAAAUUAAUUAACGGAUUAGAACAGAGUUAAAACAAUAGAGAUCAGCGAAUUGUGAAUAAUCGACCUGUAGCCUUACAGUUGAAAUAAUACAGCUGGGCAACACCAAUUAGAAUCAUUAUAUCCAACGUCGGUUUUAAUUUCCACAUACUGUUGCAAAAUAAUACUGCAAUAAGGUUACUGUAAAUCUUUGAAUUCUAAUUCGUUUCACCAUCAUAAAGUUAACAUUACCGAAUGUAAAAUAACAUUGUAACAUUCUAUUUAGGAUGAUUUAAUUAUUUGUAGUCGUUCCGUCCACCACUCAAAAUAAAGCACAAUCUUUUUGUUGUAGAGAAAAUAUUAAGGUAUUCCGGGAUACUUUUGUUUAUGUUUGUUACUGUUUAUCUAAUAUGUCUUUAUACUACUUGGUUAUAAGUUAAUUUACACUUUGUUAAGGGUUAUAUUUUUAUUUACUUAAUAUUUUUGUUAUAAUGUUUAUAGCAUGGUUGCUGUUAUUGACAUGCCUAUAUAUGAAUCACUUGUUUAUUGUAUUGAAUAUUAUUAUUACCAAGUGUGAAUAACAUUUAAUGGUGAUCUAUUUUAUACAAAUGUUUUUAUCAGAGAAUUUAUUACUGAUUAAUAGUUAUUGUUCAUUGUGAUAUUAAUAAAGAC